AUGCCGCUGACGUUCACGGAGGGCGAGAACGGCUACCUCGCGGGCUGGUGGACGACAAGAGUGGUCGCUUAUCUCCCGACGUUCCCGCCGCCCCAGCUCGAGGGCAGCGCGCUCUACCCGCUCUGGUGCCUCUACCGGGGCCGCAUGCUCGCCCAGAACCACGUCGAGUACGCCCUGCCCCUCGGCGAGGCGCGGCGGCUGCUGAGAGUCGCGCGCGAAGCGUACCCAAGAGCGCCCGUCCUCGACCUCUACGCGGGCCGCUGCCGGCCCUGGCCCCUCGCGGGCGCGAACGCGAGCCUGCCGGACUCCUACGCGGCGCCGUGCCCCCGGCUCGGUCGCGCGGCGGGCGACGGCGCGCGCGACGUCGCGUGGGCGCCCGACUGGGCCGCGGACACGCGCUUCGCGCUCGAGCACCUGGAGGACGUCAUGCUCUACUGGUUCGAGGACCGCCAGGACCCCGACGGGUCCUUCGGCGGCGGCUGGGGCGACGACGUCGAGGCCUGGCGCAAGUUCAAGGCCUUGCUCCUCGGCUUCGACUUUUACCGCUACAAGGCCGGCUGGGAGCGCGUCUCGCGGAGCGUCCACGGCAAGUCGUCCAUGCGCCGGGGCUACAGCGACCACAUGUCCGACGUCGAGCACUCCGCGGAGCCGUCCGCGGACACGGUCUGGCCCAUGCAGCUCAUCAACUGGGGCGCCUCUUACGACGACGACUCCGCGAACGCGUGGCGGACCAUCGCGGCCAGGAUCGGCGCGCUCCAGGACGCCCACUGGCUCGUCGAGCGCGAAACGAAGAGCGGCGCCAAGACGCACGUCGUCGAGAACCUCAUGCACGCGUUACAGGCCGCGGCGACGAUCCACGAGGACCCCUUCUACAUGCUGCCCUUCCUCUCCAUGACCGCGACGCUCAACGCCGUCUACAACGGCACCUACGCCGGGCCGGAGGACGAGGGCUCGGCCAAGUGGGCCGCGCUCGAGCUCGAGUCCGCGGUGCAGUCGACGCUCAAAGUCGCGGACGCGCUGGGCCUCCUCGGCUUCGUGCCGCCGGACGUAAAGCACUACUACGAGACCCACGGCCGGCCGUCGGGCUACGAGGCCUACCGCCUCGGCUUCGACGACGCCUGGGACGGCACGGGCGAGUUCCGCGACUACUUCAGUUACGACGAGGCCGCGUUCACGACCGAGGUGCGCUUCACGGACCGCAUCUUCUCCUUCCACGGCGCCUGGCGCGCGGCUUUGGGAGACGACGAGCGAUAUCGGAGCGGCAAGCGCGACUACAAGCCCGACAAGCUCUACAUGGCCGUGACGGGCGACGUCGUCGCGCCCAACACGCUACCGGUUCGCGCGGUCGUCUGGCGGACGCGCGCGGCGGACCUCGGCGUCAUCGUCUGCCCGCUGCCGAGGGUGGCGCGCACGCCGCGGGGCCAGACGUCCUUCGUGGCGAAGUUGUUUCAUUUUGGCGAAUCGCCGCGGCCCAUGGGCGCGGUGCUGCACGAGCUCGCGGACGGUUCCUACUCGUGGUUCGUCAUAUCCAACGGCACCUUCGUCGACGUCGCCAUCAGCGCCGCGGGCGGCCUGGACAACGCGACGAAGCUCGAGGCCGCGGCCCAGGACAUGGCCUUCGGCCCCGGGGUUCUCGUCGAGGCCUCGGGGUCGCUCGACGUCGCGCGGCCGCGCGCGGCGACGCCCCUCGACUUCGUCCUCCCGCCGCGCGUCGCCGUCGAGCUCGGCGUCUUCCGGGUGGGGCGAUAG